AUGCUCGAGAGUCCACAAUUACCAUCAGUUGUUGACUUGUCAUUCGAUUACAAUGGUAGCAAAACACGAUUCAAUAUAGUUCAGUUCGCCAACAUUAACGCUGUUAUCAUUUCUGAUAUUGAGAAGAUCGGGCAAACUGUACAUGUAAUAUUUCCUGAGGCAGUCAUUACUUCUAGACUUCAGCCGACACAUAACAUUGAUUACGACACAAAAGUCCUCUUAGGACCACCACUGGGUGAUUUCGAUCUUCUUGUGAAUCGCUUUGUGAGAAUAUUAGUUGAGCACAAUAAUCGGUGUGAUUUCCUAUUUUCAUUGGGCCUAGAUCAUUUCGAUAUAGAUCAUGCGCGGUGCAUUAGUCUUCCUAAAAAUCAUAGCUGUUGGAAAAUAUUUUUCCGAAUACAAUCUCGGCAAUUUUUCUCUGGAAAUGGGCAUGUUAAAUGCGUUUUCUUACCUAAAACUUCAUUCAAAAAAUUCAUAAAACCUCGUGAAAGAGCCAGGGUGGAUUCAGAGCUGGCACGUCUAGCAAAAUUCGACGAAUUUUAUGAAUGGCAAUUGACGGAAUCAAACAGACAGUCACUCCCAAUUUUUGAACUUUUGGAUGGUCCACCCUAUGCAAAUGGUGAUGUACAUGUUGGACAUGCUAUCAAUAAAAUCUUAAAAGAUUUUGUCGUUCGCAGUCAGGUUUACAUUGGGAAGCGUGUUCUAUUCCGUCCAGGAUGGGAUUGUCAUGGACUUCCAAUUGAAUUAAAAGUAACAAGAGACAAUCUACAGAAGGAUACUUCACUCAUUGAAAUACGAAAAGCGGCUCGGCAGCUAGCACUGCAUUCAAUUUCUUCUCAGCAGAAUUCAUUCAAGAGAUGGGCAGUCACAGCUGACUGGGCAAAUCCUUACUAUACAAUGGAUAAGAAAUAUGUUGCAAAAGAACUCAAACUUUUUGGUGAAUUGUAUAGACUUAAGAUGAUUUAUCGAGCAUUUAUGCCGGUUUACUGGUCACCAAGUUCAUUUACAGCUUUAGCGGAGUCGGAAUUGGUGUAUAAGAAGCAUAGCAGUACGGCCAUUUUUUAUCGAUAUGUGAUAAUAAAUUCUGGAUUAAUCCUUUCUAAAUGUGAGAAAGAGGAUCGGCCAACAAAACUCUAUGCAUUAGUUUGGACGACAACUCCGUGGACAUUGCCAAUGAAUAACGCAGUUGCGUACAAAAAAGAUGCGAUUUAUGCAGUAGUGGAAUUGCUUGCCGAAGGACACUAUCGGCGUCCAACCCGGCAUUUAUAUAUUUUGGCAAAGGAUUUGAUUAGCAGUUUCAAGAAGGAAACAAAACUCAUGAUUAGGAUAUUGUCCACUUUUGCUGGCAUUGAACUGAAAGGACUCAUGUAUCGAAAUUCAAUGUUUAGUGACUUGGCACAGCCAUUUAUAGAUGCGAACCAUGUAACCACUACUGUUGGAACGGGUCUUGUACACCUAAGUUAUGCGCAUGGCGUAGAUGAUUUCAAAGUAGCAUUAAAACUCGGUGAAAAAGUGCGCUGCUUUGUGGAUGAACGGGGCUGUUAUACAAGGGAUCUUGGUCAUGAUUUAGAAGGUAAAAGUGUUUUGGAUGAUGGGAACGAUGCCGUUCUGCAAAUGUUCAAGAAGAACAUUGUCCACACGCAUCAGUACGAACAUCAAUACCCUUAUGAUUGGAGAACAAAACAGCCGAUAAUCAUACGAAGUAGUAAACAGUGGUUCAUUGACGUUUCGCGGGUUGGUGCUGCAGCAGCCAGAAGAAUUGAGAUCGAAGCACCGCCUAUAGGGAGUCCUCAUUCAGAUAAAACAGAGGCUCUGUUAGCGCAACUAAAAAACCGAACCACCUGGUGCAUUUCACGGCAGCGAUGUUGGGGUACACCGAUUCCUGUAUUUUAUAAGGCAGACGGUAGCGUCAUCGCGGGUGCGGAUAUCAGUAAUGCCGUGGCAGAGAGCAUUGAAAAAUAUGGUACUGACGUUUGGUGGGAGCGUACGGCGAAUGAGUUAUUUCCUACAGAAGAUGUUUUAUUUGAAUCGUCAUUACCAUGGGUAGGCUUUGCGAACAAAGAUUUGGGAAAGGCUCUAGCCAAGCUUGUUGCAGGCGCUACAAAUGUAGAUGAAGCACAGCGUGCGUGGAACUGGCCUCCACCCUUUACUCUUAAGUUAAUGAAUAAAUAUGGAAUUAGAGUGGGAGAAGAACUGGAAAAAUCAUGCGACAUAUUAGAUGUGUGGGUGGAUAGCGGAGUUGCGUGGGCAUCGACACGCGAAAGAAUGGAACCUGUCGAUCUGAUUCUGGAAGGCGUUGACCAGUUUCGAGGCUGGUUCCAGUCGCUUUCGUUAACUUCAUUUGCUUUGAAUGAUGAAUUACCAUACAAGUAUAUCUAUGUCCAUGCUUUUGCAGUGGAUGAAAACGAACAAAAGAUGUCCAAAUCAGUAGGAAACGUAGUCAGACCUGAACUGAUUACAGAUGGAUCAUUGAAAGAGGAACCUCAUGGCGCUGAUGGUCUUCGUCUUUGGGUAGCACAGUAUGGAUGCAAAGGCGACAAAGCACGAAUUGGCUCUUCAGUAAUGGACGAAGUUAGGCGGAAUUAUGCACAAUUACGUGCUUCAUUCUGGUUCCUGCUUGGUGCAAUCCACGAUUACAAAGGAACCAUCUCCUGUGAUGAAAAAUUUUAUAAUGAUAGGUACAUUCUGCAAGAAUUAGCAAAAUUUACACAACGAUGUCUCAAAAACUGGAACGAAUAUCGUUUUUCCUUAAUGAUUAACGAAUAUAUGCAAUUCUUGCAGCAUCCGCUCAAUUCACCUUAUAUUAGUGGUGUGAAAAAUAGGCUGUACUGUGGAAUGCUUGCUGAAAGACAGAGUGCCCAGGCAACAUUAGCAAAGAUUGGAUUGAACUUAGCAGCACUUCUUGCUCCAAUAUUGCCUCAUUUGGUGACGGAGUUUUUCAUGUAUCAUCCAAGCGUUGAGGAUUCUGCUGUUGCUCUGAAGGGAGUUUUGGUAAGAGGUCCUGAUGUUAGCCUCCAGAAACUGUACCCACUACAAGCAGAAUCAUGUUCUUAUCAUUCUCAACUAGUGGAAAUUCUUGGUGUUUCUAUGGUUCGAAUAGAAUGUGAUAAUACCAGCGAGAAAGUCAUAAUUCAUUCGGUGGCUUGCGGACGAGAAUUGUGUAGACGUUGCAGAAGGAAUGUCAGACUUAAAGAGGAAGAGUACUGCGAUCGGUGCUCAAAAUCGAUAGCCGAAAAUGAACUGCUCCAAAAAACGAAUGCUAGGAAUGAUUUUUCGAAAUCUCCAUUUUCUUCACGGUAG